UGACUGCCUUGGCCGUGCUCUCCGCUCCGGACAUAGCGCUGUAAAAAUGCUGCUCUCUGUGCCGCCAAGGACAGGAAUCAACCCGUACAACGGCUAUACAAGCAGAAACACUAAGAAGCAGACGUAUGUGUCCCCCUCCAGCCAGCAGAUGGCCCCUCCCAGCCCCAACACCACCACUACCACCCCCACCACCACCACCAGCAACAGCAAUGGCAGCAGCAGCAGCAGCAGUGGGGGUGAGCAACUGAGCAAAACCAACCUUUACAUCCGCGGCCUCCACCCAGGAACCACAGACCAGGAUCUGGUCAAGCUCUGUCAGCCGUAUGGAAAAAUUGUGUCCACAAAGGCCAUUCUGGAUAAGACCACCAACAAAUGUAAAGGCUACGGCUUUGUUGACUUUGACAGUCCAGCCUCAGCUCAGAAAGCAGUGACAGCGCUGAAGGCAGGUGGGGUGCAAGCUCAGAUGGCCAAGCAACAGGAGCAGGACCCCACAAACCUGUACAUCUCCAACCUGCCAGUGUCAAUGGAUGAGCAGGAGCUGGAAAACAUGCUGAAGCCCUUCAGCCAAGCCAUCUCCACACGCAUCCUCCGCGAUGCUAAUGGGACCAGCCGAGGAGUGGGCUUCGCCAGGAUGGAGUCCACAGAGAAGUGUGAGGCCAUCAUUCAGCAUUUCAAUGGCAAAUACAUUAAGACACCACCCGGGGUACCAGUGCCAGCUGAACCCUUGUUGUGUAAGUUUGCUGAUGGAGGCCAGAAGAAGCGCCAGAGCCAAGGGAAAUAUCUGCAGAACGGGCGACCUUGGACAAGGGAUGGGGAGACGGGUGGAAUGACACUUACAUACGACCCCACCACAGCCUUACAGAAUGGGUUCUACUCCUCUCCGUACAGCAUUGCCCCUAAUCGGAUGAUUGCCCAGACCUCCCUUUCCCCAUACAUGCAUUCGCCGGUAUCCACCUACCAGGUUCACAACCCGUCCUGGAUGCAUCACCAGUCAUACCUCAUGCCGCCCACAGGAGCGGUCCUGACGCCAGGAAUGGACCACACUAUGUCCAUCCAGCCAACCUCUAUGAUGGGGCCCCUCACACAGCAGCUCAGCCACCUCUCUAUGGGAAGCAGUGGCACGUAUAUGCCUGCAAAUACAUCUAUGCAGGGGACCUACAUUCCCCAGUACACCCAAGUGCCUGCCACCAAUGUCUCAGUUGAGGAAAGUGCCGUCCAACAACCAGUUGCCAUAGAGACACCUACAGAACACACGACCUACUCCUACCAGCAUAACAAAUGAAGAGGUGGUAGAAAUCUUCCUCUGGAGCUGGAGUGACUCUCAUGGGGCCACGCCUGCUGGAAAGUCAGCACAGCAUUCCCGGUGACUCUGGACUUUAGGCACCAGACACUAGGGAGAAAUGUGAACUGUUACACAGAGGACAAAAGCAUAUUUUCUACUCAUACUUAACAACAAACUCUUUUACUCCACACAAGCAAGACUAGAGAAUGGUGAGCAAUGGGAAAUGGAUAAAAACAGAACAUGGAGCUUUCUAUUUUGAUAACAGUCCAGAAACUUGUCACACACAAACCCUUUUUUUUUUGCGUAUAGUUCAAAAUAUUUUAUGGUGCUAUUCUGGGGAACCAGAAUAAAACCAGCAACAGGACAUUACAACACUAUGUGUCUUUUUGGAGUCAUUUCUUUGGUUUUGACCUAUUGUAAGAUAUGCUGAUUUUUUUCUUCUUGUUUAGGACCCCCUCCCCCCCAAUACUUUCAUUCUCUGAACCUGCCUUUUUUUUGUACAUAAUUGUUCGGGAUUGUGAUUUUAGCAUCAUGUCUCAUUGUUUUAUUUGAUUAGUGCAAAUAUUUGAACAGACAAGGCUGAAACAAACAAGCAAAGAGCCGAGGCCUCCUAUUUUGGACAGUGGUGCUAACCUAAGAUUAGCUUUUCUCAACGCGGCAGCAAGUUUAUCUCGCAUGACACCUUAUUUGACGCGGUCUCACUUCUUUUUGGCACUUGAGUUUCAAUUAAUUUAACAACAAUCGAUACAACGCUUCUGACAAUCAUAGGAUUACAAUGAGUAUAAAGGGAUGACGGUCAGUCAUGGCAGAUUUCAAAGAGUACACUGUUUUCAGAGACGUUAAACGGAUUCAUCUGCGGUCCACAGAAUUUUGCGGUAUGUUCACGUGUUUUUUUAUUUUUUUUUGCGUUCAAGCUGCUCCACUUUUAUCAAAUCCAAAGUUGCAAGGCGGGGAUGACAUCUUGCACAGAGCUGCCUGUACAUAAGAGUUUUAAGUUUAUUUUGCCUUGGAUGUAGUUAGCAAUGUUUCCGUUCCUGUUUCCGUGUAAUAAAAUUGCUGUUACUUCGCUACAUUAUAUUAAAUUGUAUGUACAUAGCACUGAGUUCGUGGCUAUGUAUUUUGAAUUAACUGGGUUUUACACAAUUUGCGUUUCUGAAAGAGCUGUCCUAACAAAAAAAAAAACAAAAACACAUUUAUUUUUUGAAGCAAGUACUAAAUGUUGAUAUUAGAGGAUAAUGUUUUUAUUACAUAGACAUGAAAAAGUAACUGUUAUUUCUUCAGAAGACAAUAUUUAGGUGGAUUGAUAUGUAUGGCCAGUAUGGAGAUUCUCUAAUAUUGGCUAUUACUUUGUCUUUGCUUGUUGUACUUCUUCAUUGCUGUUUUCAUCAUGUUUUUUUUUAAGUUUUGUUUUUUUUUAUUUAAAGAGUUUUCUCAAGAUUUUUUUUAAAUUCAAUUUGAAUACUUUUGAGAUUGAUUCUAUUUUUCAAAGAGGCUUUGAUUUUAUUUUUUUGCAAUGCGUGCUCCAUAUAGCGAUACUAUAGACAGACAGGUAUGUUCAACAAUGCAUUUUCUUUGUGCAAAAAAGAAAUUUUUUUUUUGUUUUUUUUGCUUUUUUCUGUUUUUCGUACUUUUCUUGCUCUGGUUUCAAUGUUGACGGCGUCAAAAGGCUUUUCAUUGUGUUUUACAUUUCACUUCUGUCCGUGUCACCGAUGUUGGCACUUUAUGAACUUAACACCCUAUCAUGAAUGAAUUAGGUAUGCUGGGUUCAUAUGCAGUUACAGAGAUGUGCCCUGAGCGGUUGGGAACAAUGUAUGAAUUAUUUAGUCAAAACCUUAACUUACCUCAUCAUGCCGGAGAAAUGUAGUGUCAGUGUACAAGGUUAGUAAGCAAUAACUAACUGCAGUAGUUUUCAUGGCUGCUCACAGCUGGUACUGUGUCCAUAUCCUUACUCUUCCGUCCAAUGUUUGGAAAACAUGGCCAAGGUCUGACGGUCUAUGCAAUUAAUUUAUUAUCCUUAAUAAUGCAAUAACACAGAUAUCCAAGAGACGCCUCACAUUAUGGCAAUAGAUCACCUCACACAAUGACUUCACAUUCUGGGAUUUCAGUGGCUUUUAUUUUUCCAAGUCUUAAGUCUCUCCCAAUUGACACGUUCAUCUUUGGCACGCCCACUACCAGGGAAAUGGUUCCAUUGAAAGGGAUUUUGUUUUUUUCCUUUUUUUUCCUUUUUUUUUUGGAGGGUGAUUUUUAAAGGGCAAUGAAACAUGAAGUCAUAGGGCAGAAAAGGAGUGUUGCACCGGCCUCUAUAGACUGAAAAUUUCAACUAGGUUGCACUGCUGACCACAACCCAGUCAUGACGUCACUAUCUCUUUUUCCAUCGACACCUGAUAAGGAUGCAGUGACAUUGUGACUUGGUUGUGGUCAGCAGUGUAACCUAGUUAAAAAUUUCAAUCUACGGUGUCCGGGUAGUGUAGCGGUCUAUUCCGUUGCUUACCAACACGGGGAUCUCCUGUUCGAAUCCCCGUGUUAUCUCCAGCUUGGUCGGGCGUCCCUACAGACACAAUUGGCCACGUCUGCGAGUGGGAAGCUGGCUGUGGUUAUGUGUCCUGGUUGCUGCACUAGCUCCUCCUCUGGUCGGUUGGGGCAACUGUUCGGGGGGGGAUAGCAUGAUCCUCCCACAUGCCAUGUCUACCUGGCAAAAUUCCUCACCAUCAGGUGAAAAGAAGCAGCUGGCGACUCCACAUGUAUCAGAGGAGGCAUGUGGUAGCCUGCAGCCCUCCCAGAUCAGCAGAGGGGGUGGAGCAGCGACCGGGAUGGCUCAGAAGAGUGGGGUGAUUGGACGGGUACAACUGGGGAGAAAAAAAAAGGGAUUUUUCAAUCUACAAAGGCCGGUGCAAUGCUCCUUUUCUACCCUGUGCAUAUUUUGGUGUUUCACUGCUCAUUUUAGGACAACGAUGGGAAAUCUAUUUAACUCAUAAAAGAUGGCAGGUGUCCCAGAUCAAAACUGAACAGGACUUUACUCACCUGUUCCAUUCAACUGCAGUUAUUUUCACUUGUCUCACCAAAGAAGUCAUGUCAUCGGUCAUAUUCUGGGUCCGUAUUAGCAAGGGAUUUCACUUUUGUGGCCCACUGAACAGAGAAGGAUCUUUGUAAAUUUGCAUAUACAUGUGGACCUUGGAGAGUUUGUGAAAGAUUUAAUUUCCAUUCCAUACAGUUGCAAUGUUGAUGUUGAGGUCAAAUUCUUUCAUCCCCUUGUCUAGUCUUUUGUCUUUUAAUGUGCUUUCAUGUCAAGCGGUUGAAGCUGGUCGUUAGUAGUACUUUUUUUGUUUUUAGACUGUUAAAACCAUCAAUUCCAUGAAGAAAACAGGAAGGAAAACUUCACAGAAAAUGCCUUAGAUUUCAAUGAUUAGAGUAACAGGCUGCUACUCAGAACUGGUUUGUUUGUUCUCUGACUGGAACAGAGGUUUUUCUCAUCAAUUGCUAUUGAUGUGUAAUAUAUUUGUUAUACCAAAUCACUGAAUACAGAUGGACAAUGCAAAGAAAUAUUUACCGGAUUUUUCAAUGACUAUUAGUUUGUGUUCCAUUGUCAUUCCAGAUUAAUUUUUUAUCACGAGUACUGAAGGAAUCCAUCAGAUUUCCUAGAAUGGUCUUUUGAAAAAUCGAGUAUGAUGAACUACCUUGCUGCUAAUUUUGAGUUGCCAUUUUUAGAAAACAUUUAACUAAAGCCAAUUCAAUUCAUCAAAUCAUAUAUGGAGUCAGUUUGAAAACAAUUUAACAAUCUUCCUUGCAGUCUAAUCUCAUCUGGUUGUAAUAUGCAAAUAAUUUUUAAAUAAUUUGUCUGAACUAUGUGUUUGUCCUCCUGUGUGAUGAUAGCAGGUCUUUUGUCCCCUUCAGAGAAAAAAAAACUACAGCUGUUGAAAACUUAGUUUGAUUUUGAUCUUGGCCAUUUUUUAAUUAAAAGGAUUUUUUUUCCACUGUGGUUUAUUUGCUUUUGAAUUUACACAAGGGAUCAUCUGCAUGUUCAUAUUUUAUUAUCCUCUCAAGGCAUUGCUUUCAAAACCAGACACAUUUCCAGGUUCUCUUCUUAAAUUGAAAACUAAACACCCGGACUGGUGUUUUGUUUUCAUCAUGAAAUGACAACCAUCUUUACCUCAUAAGAGAACCCAUCUGAUUUAGACAUAAUGCACAAAGAAUGGUCACAAUACAUGAGAAAUUUCUAAACCGACUUUGAUCAAGAUACAAAACAAAUAGGAAAGAGGUAUAAACUGUUAUUAAAUACAAAAGAGGCUGCAUACUUAUGUACAAAGUUGAAAAUAUAAUGAAAACGCCUAAAAGUUGCUGUUUAAACCAAAAUAGCCUCUCUAAAAUAAACAAAAUAGAUUUUGCGCCUCCAUUUACAAUCUUAUAUCAAAACUUAGAAUAAGAAAGAGCUGUCAAUAUUUUUGUACCUGGCUGCCACUUGGAUGUAACUCUUGUUACCCCUGCAGCUAUGUGGCAUGGCAAUACUUUACAAUGUGUUGUUGUAUGAUCAACUCUGCCCUUUUCAUCACAAAUCAUUCUCUGUAGUGAUUCCAUAUUUGAAGCCAUUUAAAUAUCUUAAUCUAGUUAAAAUCUAGGGUGUCCGGGUGAUGUGGCAGUCUAUUCCAUUGCCUACCAACACGGGGAUCACCGGUUCAAAUCUCCGGCUUGGUCGGGCGUCCCUACAGACACAAUUGGCUGUGCCUGUGGGUGGGAAGGCGGACAUGGAUAUGUGUCCUGGUCGCUGCACUAGUGCCUCCUCUGGUCAGUCGGAGUGCCUGUUCAGCGGGGAAGGGGAACUGCGGG